GGCGGGAGGUGGGAAGACCAGAGUGUCAACCAGUCAGUCACCCAGCCUGGACACCCGGGACCCUGAGCCCACAGCGCACCUGCUCCCGCCCGACAGCGCUCCUGCCCGCGGUCCCUCUAUUCCCCAACGGGUCCCAGCCACCGCCAGCCUAGGUGGGCUUCAGGAUGAAGGCGGCCCGCUUCGUGAUGCGCAGCGCCAGCUCGCUGAGCAACGCCGGCCUGGUCCCCAGGGAGGUCGAGCUGUUCUCGCGCUACAGCCCGUCCCCGCUGUCCAUGAAGCAGCUGCUGGACUUUGGUUCAGAUAAUGCCUGCGAAAGAACAUCUUUCUCUUUUCUGCGGCAAGAGUUGCCCGUGAGACUAGCCAACAUCCUGAAGGAGAUUGACAUCCUCCCUGAGAGACUGGUGAAUACCCCCUCCGUGCAGCUGGUGAAGAGCUGGUACAUUCAGAGCUUGAUGGACUUGGUGGAGUUCCAUGAGAAGAGCCCAGAAGACCAGAAAGCUCUAUCAGACUUUGUAGACACACUCAUCAAAGUUCGAAACAGACAUCACAAUGUGGUCCCUACGAUGGCUCAAGGAAUCCUUGAGUUUAAAGACACCUGUACAGUUGACCCAGUUACCAAUCAAAAUCUUCAGUAUUUCUUGGACCGGUUUUAUAUGAACCGCAUUUCUACUCGGAUGCUGAUGAACCAGCAUAUCCUUAUUUUCAGUGACUCAAAGACAGGAAACCCAAGCCACAUUGGGAGCAUCGACCCAAGCUGUGAUGUAGUAGCGGUGGUCCAAGAUGCCUUUGAGUGUGCAAAGAUGCUCUGCGAUCAGUAUUAUCUGACAUCACCAGAAUUAAAGCUCACACAAGUAAAUGGAAAAUUUCCAGGCCAACCAAUUCAUAUCGUGUAUGUUCCUUCCCACCUUCACCAUAUGCUCUUUGAAUUAUUCAAGAAUGCCAUGAGGGCCACAGUUGAGCACCAAGAAAAUCGCCCUUCCCUGACACCAGUUGAGGCAACUGUUGUCUUGGGAAAAGAGGACCUUACAAUCAAGAUAUCUGACCGAGGAGGUGGUGUUCCUCUGAGGAUCACUGACCGCCUCUUUAGUUACACAUACUCCACUGCUCCAACGCCUGUGAUGGACAAUUCACGGAAUGCCCCUUUGGCUGGUUUUGGUUAUGGCUUGCCAAUUUCUCGUCUCUAUGCCAAGUAUUUUCAAGGAGACCUGAAUCUCUACUCUAUGUCAGGCUAUGGGACAGACGCCAUCAUCUACUUAAAGGCUUUGUCUUCUGAGUCUGUAGAAAAGCUCCCUGUCUUUAACAAGUCAGCCUUCAAACACUAUCAGAUGAGCCCGGAAGCUGGUGACUGGUGUAUCCCAAAGAGGGAACCAAAAAAUCUGGCAAAGGAAACGGUGGCAAUGUGAAGGGGAACAUGUAGGACACUUUAUGGGAUCAAAGUGGGUCUAUGGCAGUGCUGCAUAAUGAAUGUGUGUGGACUCCCGUUUCUGCAAAACAAAACAAAACAACCAACCAAGCAAAAAACAAAUGCUAGGACAGACAUUGAUCCAAUGAGGGAAUGGAGCUUGGUUGUGUGACCUGGGAGAAGUCAAGGCCUGACUCCAGUAUACCACAGGUGACCUGCUCCUCAUUUGGCAAUGCAGCACGACUCAAGAUUAUUGCAAAUACUGAAAAGAAGUCGGCCUCUAAGUUACAUCUUGUUCUCUACAAGUACAGGAUUUGAGGUUUGCAGUCUCAACAAGUGGAUGCUUUAGAAUUCUUGUUGCCAUCCAAAUAUACUGGUGUUCAUUGAACAUCAAUUAUUGAGACAUGGGUGUUUUUCUGCCAUGGAAAGAUAGGUGUGUUACUAGAAAUGUAUGUACAUGUGCAUUUUGUGAUGUUAAUAUACUCUAGAUAGGAGAGGAUGAAAGAUGCCAAAGCACUUUAUUUAAGCUUGCAGCCUGGGCAGUGCUACCUAUUUUCAAAGCCUCUGUGGCAAGACAACUCCAGUAUCACGCAGCCUUUCUUAUUUGGGCUACACUCCAUUAGCCAGUGAUUUUUGGCCUGUGCCUACCCUUGGGUGAAUUGUUAAAUAUGCACUGAAUUCAGGAAGUUGGGUUGGAAAGGGAGAUAAAUUGCCAAAGGGAUCCAUAGAUGGUAUGUGGAAAAACCCACAUUAGAGAAAGAAGUCAUAUUUUAUGAACUUAACUGGGAAGGACUGGGGAGUUCUCUAGCUGGAAAUGGUGAAGAAUCAAAGAGCACCUGCUUUCCAGGCUUAAAAACAUGUGCAUUUUAUAUUUUAAUUAUAUUCUCUACACUCCAACAUUAGCAUGUCCAUUCAAAAUUUUCUAGUUGCCAUUUGGCAUGAGAGGGUUAAAAUUUAUCCUUCUUGGGGUUUUGUUUUUUCAUUUUGGGAUUUGUUGUUGUUUGGUUUUUGUUUUUGUUUUCUUGUUUCUUAAUGAAGUAGUCUGGAAGUAAGUGCUCACGCUAGGAUGAUGUCAUUUGUGAAUCAUGGAGACAUUGAGAACCAACGACUAAAGGCUGUGAUGUGCAUGGUUCUCGGAGGAUGAAGGUGUGAUUGGUAGGAUCAUCAUCCAUGCAGAUCAUCCUUAGAAAAGAAAGAAAAAGCAAUGAACAAGGGAAUGGAUGGAGAGAGGAAAGGAAGGAAGCAGAGGCAGGCAUCUUCCUAUCAUCCCUACAAGCCCCUCAGAAGCAUCCUCUGUUCUGCCUGGGUAGAGGGGAGGAUGAAUUGGUAUCUUUGAAAGCAGUAUGGCUUCUUAGAUGGAUUUCACUCUGACAAGACAAAGGUGUUGGUGAAAUAAUGAAUUCAUUUGUGUCAAAAUAACAUUGGAACUUUUUUCUGGAUUGUAAACCUGUCAGUCCUGUGUGUGUGACAGGGAGUUUGAAAUCUGUAUGUAAUUUUAUGCUGACCUAGUGCUGAGGACUAUCUGGCUGUGGCAGCAGAAGCCACAACUAUUUAGAUUUCAGAUUGUAUCUUUAGAAGCCCCGGUCAGUGACUUGGAUGGUAAGAUUUUGAUUCCUGCAUUGACUGAUCACACAAAACUGUUAGCAUUUAGCUUACCUGUUGUGUUGUCGUUGUUUUUCUAAUUGAAAUUUCAGCUGUAUGUUUGUACAUAUAAAUACUUGUGUUUACCAAAGAUCCAAGGCAUUUGGUUAAAUAACCCAAACACUCUGAGCUGUGUUUAAAAUAGCAAAGAAAAUCUUUAGGAUCUCAACCGUUUCAACUGUGUGAAUUAAACUGAAACAGUCUUCCUGUUAUUUAUGAACCCAUGGGAGACUUUAGACUCUAGUGGAUGGAUAUGAAUACCCAGGCCCACUUAACUUAUUAAUGUGUGGAUUACAUUUUUGUCUUUAGGUUAUGUGCAGAAAAUGUGAUAAUUUUAUAAUAAAUAUUUUUAUUAUAAUAGUGA